UUUCACAGACGACUAUCCGCCGGCAACGCGACCCUCACAAUAUCGCCUCUGCCAAAUUUAUCCACAUACACACUUACAACCCUUAAUCUCGACUAAUUUCGGCUUCGCUUACGUUCAACAAUCACACUCACACCCUGGCGAUCCAGCAUCCGUGUCGGCGACUCGACACGGGUCGACUUGGGCAUCGCUUUAGCGUUUGAAAUCGAGUUUUCCGCCAUGCCGGCCCUCGAUAUCGAGAACCCAGGCGUUCCAGCCGUGAGCGCGUUCGGGGAGCUUCUGAACGAGCUGCUCAACGAGGCCUCCGCGGCAAAAGAGACAACCACCAUCGAGCCUGCUCUCUCAAAAUCUGACUUUGCCAACAUCUUCGAUCGAGUUUCCUCCUCGCUUGCCCGCGCUAACAUCGCGGGCACCGAAAGCAAUGCGCCUCAGGACUCGCUCAGGUCUCGGCAGUUUGCCGUCGUCGAAACAGCGGCUCGCGAUUCCUUCAGCAAGCUAAUCGCGACAACGUCAAUUGAUAGCCCCAAGUUUGUGCGGAUGUGGAAUUUGCUAGAUAUUCUUUCGAUACUCUCCGACGACGGUCAAUGUGACCCUGCUCUUCUCUUUUGGCUUGUGGAGGAGCUUCUCGACAGCCAGACGAUUGCGGGAUGCCGCAUAAUAUUCGACUUCCUUGAAUCAAGACGAGAGCGCAUCACCGCCAAGCACUUUAAACAGAAGAAUCUUGUUAUUCUCCGCAGUUGCAACGAGCUGUUGCGAAGACUCUCUCGCGCCGAGGACACAGCUUUCUGUGGACGAGUAUUCAUCUUUAUGUUUCAGAGCUUCCCUCUAGGAGACAGGAGCUCUGUCAAUCUACGAGGAGAAUACCACGUUGAGAACGUGACAUCUUUUGAAACACCAGAAGAUGAAGACAACAAAAUGGAAGUUGAUGCUCAAGCCGAAGCGCCAAAGGAGUCGGGGGCGCCCAAAGCUGGUGCAAAGAAUGGAGCUCAAGAGUCAAACAAAGCGUUGGAUUCUGACACGCUAUAUCCUCUAUUCUGGUCUUUGCAGGAAAGCUUCAGCCAGCCCUUGAAAUUGUUUGACGUGGCCAAUUUUACAAAAUUUAAGAGCAGCCUGGAGUCGACAAUCAAGGCUUUCCAGGCGAUCCAUGACGACAGCUUGUAUACAUCAAAGUCGAUGGAGAAUCUUAAGCGAACUCUCAAGAGAAAGAGGGACGACGAUGGAACUGAGACGCUACCAGAGGCGUUUAAUCCCAAGUAUCUUACGAGUAAGGACUUGUUCCAGCUUGAGAUUAGCGAUCUCUCUUUUCGGCGACACGUCCUUGUUCAGGCUCUCAUCAUCACAGACUUUCUCCUAUCCCUCUCAAAGGAAGAGAGGGAGAAACGAACAAACAUCAACGUAUCCAACAAGUCGGUCAUUUAUCCUGACCAACUGAAUGAAGAAAAUACGAAAUGGGCUACCGACAUAAAAAAGGUGAUAUCAGACUAUCUCAAGCAGGGCGCUGAUGGGCCAUACUUUUUUCGCAUGGUAGAAACAGUGCUAGCUAGGGAUAAGAACUGGGUCUUUUGGAAGAUGGCCAGUUGCCCGCCCAUCCAGCGCGACCCAGUCUCAGCCCAAGGCUUCCUCGAGGCAAGGGAAGCCGCUCAGCGCAUGGCGACAAGCAAGCGGCUGCGACCAAAUCCGCUCAACGCCGUGCCUCUCGAUUUUCUCGCAAACGAGGACGAAACCUCGGCUUUGGAUAAGCUGAAAGAUGCAGAGCGGUACCAGCUGCCCGAGUUGGACGCGUUCAAGAGCAAAAUCGCAGACGACGACUUUGAGAUUGAGAUGCCGACCAAUAGCGAGACAAAGGCCGCGGCCGUUGCGGGCAAAGCGAGCAAAAGCUGGAGAGCUUUGCGGAUAGCGUCGAGAUUCAAGCUAGCGGCCUUUGAUAAGCUCGAUGACCCGAAGAAGAUUAACCUCAUCUUUGAGGACGACAUUGAAGGAGCUGAAGACGAGGAGGAUGCUGAACCAACCGCGAGCGAGGACGACAUGCCCAAGAAUCGCGACCCCAUCAUCUUGUCUGCGUCGUCUGGUAUUGACAUUUCAUCGCUAAAGGCGAAGCUCAUGGAUCUGCAUAAGGGGGUAUUCGCCCCUGUGGUACGCCAUGCUGUGCGCGAGCCCAAGGACGGAGAGAUCAAUGGCAAAACAUACCAUUUCGUCAAAGCCCAGGAGUUUAAUCAGCUGCGAGACGGUGACCGAUUAGUUGAGUACACCAGCCGCGAUGGAGUCGACUAUGGCACAAGCAGCAAGGCUGUUGAAGCUGUUGUUGACGCAGGCAAGGUGCCCAUCAUUGAGCUCGAUGUCGAGGCCGCUCAAUUCGCCAAGGACAUGGACUUCUCAGCCCGCUACAUAUUCAUCAAAUCCUCUUCCGAUGAAACCUUUGACGAGUCCAAAACGAAUGAGUUGUUCGACACUGUAGUUGUAGACAAGGACAAUCUCGAGGAAACGGCCACUAGUGUUGGGGAAUUCAUUUACGCGGAAAAGCAAGAGGACCAAGAUGAGACGACAGCUAAUGGCGAUGCGAACAUGGAGGAUGCACCGCCUGCAGACGGCGACGAGGAGGAGGCGUAAAACAGCCGCAUUUACGUACAGGCAUUUUUGGACUUGUUUUACUUUUUUUUUUUAAUGACAGCAUGGGCUUCACGUGGGAUAUAGGCUUUUGUGAUUUUUGAUUUUUUUUUUUGGUUUUUUUCAAUAUGAGUGUAUUUUUAAAAAGUGCUGGAAAGUCGGGUUCGAAGAAAUACCCAAGGGAGUCAGAAGCAAGAUACCAAAUACAUUGGUCAUAUAGUCUAGUAUGUAUACAAAGAAAGAAAGCAUGUUUCA